GACAAGUAUACUUUAUAGUGCUUCUGUUCCGUCUGUUUUCCAAAACCUCCCUUGGAUGUGUUAGUCAUCAUGACACUCUCUGUGCUUUUAUAUCUAGUUCACAUUUUAUCAACCGUGCAAGCAGGAGGCCAUACUUUACUUGUAUUUGCAACUGCCAUAAAUGGUGAGACUGCAUUUCCUGAAUUUAGUGCUUUGUUGAUGCUUGAUGAUUGUCAAGUAGGAUACUAUGAUUCAAUUCAUAAAACGGUUCAACGCAGAGGUCCAAAUCUCACUGACCCUGUAGAUGAAGAGGAUCAGAAGGAUUUUAUGUUGGUAUGUGGGGACAUUUCUGAGGGUAUGGGACACAGAAUGCUGUCUCUGAAGGAUCACUUCAACAAAACACAUGGAAUCCAAACUCUGCAGAGACUGACCGGUUGUGAACUAUUAGGAAAUGAUGAAGAGGGACGAAUGGUUGUAAUGGAGGCUUUUGAUGGUGAAAGUGGAGAUGUGGUCUACUACAACAAACAUGAGAGCUCAUUCCUGACUGACUUGAAAUGGCCAAUUAAAUACAGUGAAAUAUACAAAAACUAUGUCAAGUAUGCAUUAAAAGAGCUGUUCCAUCCUCUAUGCAUGAAAAUACUCAGAAAGUACCUGAGGAAGGAAAAGAAUCGCAUAGUGAAAAAAGUGAAGCCAAGAGUCAGGCUCCUCCAGAAGGCAGACUCUGGAGGAGCCGAAGUGACCUGUCUGGCCACUGGUUUCUACCCCCGUCACAUCAACCUGACCCUGCUCAGAGACGGCCAGCCUGUGUCUGACCACCAGGUCACUGGGGGGGAGCUGCUACCUAAUGGAGAUGAGACGUACCAGAUGAGGAAGAGCCUGGAGGUCAGUGCAGAGGAACUACAGCAUCACCACUACACCUGCACAGCUGAACACCUCAGCCUGGACAACAUGGUCAAGAUUAUCAUAGAAGCUGAGCCACAUCCUGAUAACCUGCCCCCACUUUCUUUGCUGAUUGGCCUGCUGGUUGUGACAAUUGUUUGUCUAAUUUCUGCUAUCAUUGUUUUGGGGAUAUGGAGAUGGAGGAAGAGAAGAAGAAGAAGAAGCUCCAGCUUGUCUCCAGAGGAAUGCCACACCAGCAGCACCUGACUCUUCUGGGGGAUAUUGAUAUG